AUUCACAUGCGGUUUUAUUCAAUUAAAUCUGAAAUAAAGUUUCAUCUUUCAUUUCAUACAAAAGUUUGCUAGUAAUAUGACACUGAAGUAGCAUGAGUAAAAGUUGUUGUCUUUCUCUGUAACAUAAUAUAUCAUCCUACAAAAUUCUAAAGUUGAAGCGUCACUCAAACCUAAAUUACAAAAAUAAUCAUGUCAAUUAAACUCAGUAGUGUCCUUAUCAGCGAUCCUGUCGAUUCUAAGUGUGCUGACUUAUUGACGAGCUAUGGAGUUCCAGUGACAACCAAGUACAAGCUAUCGAAAGAUCAAUUAAUACAGGAAAUUCAGAAACACGACGGUUUAAUUGUACGCUCAGAGACCAAAGUUACGAAGGAAAUACUUGCGUCGGCUCCUAAUCUUCGAAUUGUUGGUCGAGCAGGUACUGGUGUAGAUAAUAUUGACCUUCAAGCUGCUACGAGAAAUGGAGUUGUUGUUCUUAAUACCCCCGGUGGUAACAGUAUAAGUGCAUGUGAAUUGACAUGUGCACUGAUCUCAGCCCUCGCAAGACAUGUACCUCAAGCAACUCAAUCAAUGAAAGAAGGACGCUGGGAUCGUAAAUUGUAUUCUGGUUUCGAGCUUCAUGGUAAAACCUUAGCUGUUCUUGGCUUUGGACGUAUUGGACGUGAAGUAGCCACCCGAAUGCAGUCAUUCGGAAUGAAGAUUGUCUGUUUCGAUCCAAUUAUUACUGCUGAAGCAGCUGCUAGUAUUGGUGCUACUAAACUGGAACUAGAUGAAAUUUGGCCUAUUGCUGAUUACAUUACAGUACAUACUCCACUUAUUCCACAAACAAGAAACCUCGUAAAUACUGCUACAUUAGCAAAAUGCAAGAAAGGUGUGAGGAUAGUUAAUGUAGCUCGUGGUGGAAUUAUUGAUGAAGAAGCACUCCUUCAAUCUCUCAAGUCAGGUCACUGUGCAGGUGCAGCUUUGGAUGUAUUUAUAGAAGAGCCACCUAAACAUCCUGUUACCGUCGAACUCAUUCAACACCCUAAAGUUAUUGCUACUCCUCAUUUAGGGGCUAGUACGGCAGAAGCGCAAGAACGAGUAGCAGUUGAAAUAGCCGAGCAAUUUCUUGCUAUCUCAGGAAUUACGGAUAAAUUCACUGUAACAGGCAUCGUGAAUGCACCCAUACUAGCAGCAACUAUGUCGGGCGACAACGGAAUAUGGAUAGAACUGGCGAAAAAAUUAGGUCAAAUAGGUGCCAGAUUUUUCAAGAAAAACAUGACUGCUUCCAUGGAAAGUCAAACUAUCGGAACUGGAAUGUUAAAUAAGAAGUUUUUACAUACCGCAGUACUUCUAGGAGUACUUGCAGGACAAACUAAAAAUGGAUUGAACUUAGUUAAUGCCCCUACACUAGCCAAAGACGCUGGUAUUCAAAUAACAGAAAGUCAUAGAGAUGGAGAAUAUGAUGCAGUUGUUGUUAGAGUUGGUACACACCAAAUUAAAGGGACAGUUCGAAACGAUGAACAUCUAUUGUUAUCCAUUGAUGAUGCUGUAUUCAACAAUGGUAUUGUUUUGAGAAACUACAUUUCACUUUACCAUACAAAUGGACCUCAGGACCUUGCCACAAUAGUCAGUGCAUUUUCCACUAAAGGAAUCCAUAUAAAUAGUUUAAAUGUGAGCAAUAAUUGGCUAGUAAUUGAAACAAAUGAAGAGAUAGAAAUUUUAAUUGAAAAUAUUCAGGGUUAUUAAGAUUUAUAAAUUAAAGAUAAUUUUUAUACAUGAAAAGUUAAAUAUUAUAAUUGUUGUCAACUUAAAAGUUAAAAAAGUAAAAUCUUAUGAAUUUAUAAUUAGAAUCAAUAAGUGCAAAAAAUGAUACUUUUGUUGCUCAGUAUUUCAGAAUUUAAUAAACACAAAUAUAUGUUGUUUUGUAAGUUUUUAGAAUAAUCUAUUAAUUGUACUUCA